AUGAACGAUGAAUCUAACGUGGGCCAUACCAGCAAACACGACGGUGCAGAGAAUGACGAGGGAUUUUAUGAAAGUGGAAACAGUGGAAAUACCAGUGGAAAUACCACUGGCUGUAUCAACAGAGGAGAUGUUGGCCAUGAAGAAUGUGAAAGAAUCGAAUCUGCCACACAAAGAGAUAUAAUCAAUGGAGCUGAUGAUUUAGUGAAUGCUCUUGGAAAUGUUGGCAGAAGACCUGAGAGCAACCCUAGUCAUGCCACAACAAAUGGAAGUAGAGAAAGGGAUGUUACUGGAGAGGGAAUCCUUCGAGGUAACUUGGAAGGUGGAAACUCAAGUGAUGCCAUUCGCGGGACUGGUGAUAGGAAUGUUGAUUAUACCAUCCGAACAGACCUUUCGACAGUCACUCAAAAUGAUGAUGGAAAGGAAAACCACAUUGGUAACAUGGUUGCAGAAGGAUAUGGCGGCACCCCAGGAGACCAGAGUAACAACAUCCAAGGCCUAAAUGGUGCAGGUGGAGGUGGAUAUGCAAAUGCUGCACCUGAAGGAAACAUAACAAGGGCAUCUAUGAUAAAUAUGGUCCAUGGAGAAAGCAUUCACUGGGCGGACGUUAAUGAAGCUGGCAGUGGUAAUGGCAGAGAUCCAAGUGAAGAAGGUUCUAGUGAUGGCUGGGGGGAUGGACGUGACGAAGACACGACAGCUCUGGGGGGAAAUGAGAGAGGGAAGCAUAGCAAUCAGACUUGCGACAAUGACAGAGAUGUUGGUGGAGACGCUGCAACCAACGGAACUGUGGAGCUGUGCCUCAAAAAGAAACAGAAUAACACUCUAGGCUCAGAGGGUGUUGCUACGGGCGCUGGCGGUAGCAGUAAGGGAUCAGUUGUGAACCACGCAGAUGGCAGCAAUGUGAAUGAUACUGGCAGGGAUGGGAGCCCUGACAACAGAGAGGCCAUGGAUGGGCUUCCCAAUGCAAGCAGCUCUCAGGAUGCCAGUGAAGGUCGCCUAGAGGAUGUCAGUGACCACGAGGACACCAGCGAAGCCGAGAGCAGUAGCGUUUAUAGUUUGAGUUCUGAACUCAUGCAAGGGGAUGAGCCGGAUGAAAGCCCCGAGUCUGAAGGCAGCCAGCAAGAAGUGUCAAGUGAGGCAAGCGAUGGGGAGGACUCAGAAGACGAGUCUCAGGGAGAAGAGGAAGAAAGUGCCAGUGAGAACGAGAGCAGCGAGCAGGCCGAGAGCAACGGCGAAGACAGUCAUCCGGAGAGCAGCGAGGGUGACGAUCAGUCAGACAGCGGCGACAGUGACAGCCAUCCAGACAGCAGCCAAGGUCAAUCUGAUAGCAGCAGUGGGAGCGAGUCGGAAAGCAAUGGAGAAAGUGAGUCUGAGAGCAGCAGCGAGAGUGGGCCUGACGGUAGCAGUGAAAGUGAUGGCAAGGCUGACGAAAGCAGCAGUGAGAGUGAGUCUGAUAGCAGCACUGGGGGCGACAGCAGCAGUGGGAGUGAGAGUAGCAGUGAGAGUGAGAAAUCCAGCAGCGAGAGUGAGAGUAACAGUGAGAGUGAGAGUAGCAGUGAGAGCGAGAAUUCCAGCAGUGAGAGUGAGAAGUCCAGCAGUGAGAGUAGUAGUGAGAGUGAGAAAUCCAGCAGUGAGAGUAGCAGUGAGAGUGAGAAAUCCAGCAGCGAGAGUAGCAGUGAGAGUGAGAGUAGCAGUGAGAGCGAGAAUUCCAGCAGUGAGAGUGAGAAGUCCAGCAGUGAGAGUAGCAGUGAGAGUGAGAAGUCCAGCAGCAGCAGCAGCAGCAGCAGUGAGAGCAGUAGCAGUGAAAGCGAAUCUGAUAGCAGCAGUGAGAGCAGUAGCAGUGAAAGCGAAUCUGAUAGCAGCAGUGAGAGCAGUAGCAGUGAAAGCGAAUCUGAUAGCAGCAGUGAGAGCAGUAGCAGUGAAAGCGAAUCUGAUAGCAGCAGUGAGAGUGAAAGCAGCAGUGAGGACGACAGCGAAUCUGAUAGCAGCAGUGAGAGUGACUCCACAUCCGAGAGCAGUAGCGAGAGUGACAGCAGUGGUCCAUCGGACACCAGCGAAAGUAGCAGUCAAGCGGGGAGCAGUGAAAAUGGCAGCGAGUCAGCCACUGAUAGCGAGGACGGUGGUGAGUUAACGGGCAGUGAAAGUGAGAGCGAUUCGGCAAACCAACCUGACGGCGAUAGUGAGAGUGCACCUCUGAGUGCGGAAAAUGGUGUUGCAAGUGACGGUGCUUCAGAUACAGCGGAAAUGGCAAGUGACGAUGAAUCUGUAGCGAACGAGGAGAGUGACAGUGAUGCUCAGUCAGAAGGUGGAGACACUGACAGCGAAUCCAUAAGUGAAGGCAGUCAGAGCAAUGACCUAACCAGUGAUUAUUAA